ACCCUGAGACGAUUCGUGCUGCUCAGAUCCAGAACAGCCUCCCCCAUUCUCGCGGUCAGAUUGUACCUAUACAGCCGUGUAUGAAAGGCCCACACUGCCAACAAGACUGGCAGUCGCUGCCGCAAUGUAGGUCUUAAUGACUCUGAAGAUGCAGGAGUUUCGGAUACAAAAAGUCAAGGACACCUGGUCUAAAACGACUUCAGCUCAGUUAAGGUUUAACGUCUAAAAAGUAGCGGUCCAGUUGCAGCAACGCGCUUUAUUUGGGACUGAAAGUGAGCCAAUAUGCCGAGAUGAGAGCUUCUUCUUCCCGACUCUCCAGCUUCCCCUCCCGGGACUCCCUCUUGAGCCGGAUGCCGGAUCAGAUCUCGGUAUGCGAGUUCCUGUCGGAGACCACAGAGGACUACAAUUCCCCCACCACGUCCAGCUUCACCACACGCCUGCAGAGCUGCAGAAACACCGUCACCGUGUUGGAGGAGGCUUUAGACCAGGACCGCACUGCCCUACAGAAGGUCAAGAAGUCAGUGAAAGCUGUCUACAACUCUGGCCAAGACCACAUCCAGAACGAGGAGAACUACAGCCAGGCUCUGGAUAAGUUCGGCGGGAACUUCAUGAGCCGGGACAAUGUUGACCUGGGGACCGCCUUCAUCACCUUCUCAGGCCUCAUCAAGGAGCUGUCAGUGCUCCUCAAAAACCUGCUGCAGAGUCUCAGUCAUAAUGUCGUCUUCUCCUUGGAUUCUCUGUUGAAGGGAGACCUGAAGGGUGUGAAAGGGGACAUCAAGAAACCCUUUGACAAGGCCUGGAAGGACUAUGAGACCAAGUUCUCUAAGAUAGAGAAGGAGAAGAGGGAACAUGCUAAGCAGCAUGGUAUGAUCCGUACAGAGAUCACCGGAGCCGAGAUCGCUGAGGAGAUGGAGAAGGAGAGGAGACUGUUCCAACUGCAGAUGUGUGAGUACCUCAUCAAGGUGAAUGAGAUCAAAACCAAAAAGGGGGUGGACCUGCUGCAGAACCUCAUCAAGUAUUACCACGCUCAGUGCAAUUUUUUCCAGGAUGGUCUGAAGACGGCUGAUAAGUUGAAGCAGUACAUUGAGAAACUGGCAACCGAUCUGUCCAACAUAAAGCAGAGUCAAGACGAGGAGAAGAAGCAGCUGACCGCGCUCAGGGAACUCAUCAAGGACUCCCUGCAGCUGGAGCAGAAGGAGUCGAGGAGAGACUCCCAGAGCAGACAGGCUGGGUACAGCAUGCACCAGCUUCAGGGGAACAAGGAGUUUGGCUGUGAGAAGAAAGGCUACCUCUUAAAGAAAAGUGAUGGGAUAAGAAAGGUCUGGCAGAGGAGGAAGUGCUCCGUCAAGAGUGGGAUCCUUACCAUCUCCCACGCAACAUCUAACAGGCAGCCUGUAAGACUGAACCUGUUGACCUGUCAGGUGAAACCAGGCGGGGAUGACAAAAAAUGCUUUGACCUCAUUUCCUAUAACAGAACGUACCACUUCCAGGCGGAGGAUGAGCAGGAGUUUGUCAUUUGGAUCUCGGUGCUGACCAACAGUAAGGAGGAGGCGCUGAACGUGGCGUUCCAGGGGGGAGGAGCUCAGAGCACGGCGGGGGACAGCUCCAUGGAGGAGCUGACCCGGAGCGUCAUCGAGGAGGUGCUCAGGAUGCCCGGGAACGACUCCUGCUGUGACUGUGGAGCGGCAGACCCCCGCUGGAUCUCCACCAACCUGGGGGUGGUUACCUGCAUCGAGUGCUCGGGCAUCCACAGGGAGAUGGGCGUCCACGUGUCCCGGAUCCAGUCCCUGGAGCUGGACAAGCUGGGCACCUCUGAGCUGCUGGUUGCUAAGAAUGUUGGGAACAGUAGUUUUAAUGAGAUCCUGGAAGGAAACCUUCCCUCGGCAUCCGCUAAGCCCAGCCCGUCCAGCGACAUGUCUGUGAGGAGGGAGUACAUCAACGCCAAAUACAUCGACCACAAGUUCACCAGGCGUACCGCUGCCAUGGCGACGGGCCGGGUGGCGGAGGUGUACGAUGCGGUACGCUCUCGAGACCUGCUGUCACUCAUCAAGCUGUACGCAGAGGGGGCGGAGCUAUUGGAGCCACUGCCCGACGCUGAGAAGGAGUCUGGAGAGACCGUUCUUCACUACUGCGUGAGGACCUCGGACCACACUUCCCUCCACCUGGUUGACUUCCUGGUCCAGAACAGUGGUAAUCUGGACCGCCAGACGGAGAGCGGGAACACGGCGCUCCACUACUGCUGUCUGUAUGAGAAACACCAGUGUGUCAAGCUGCUACUGAGGGGCAAACCUGCCAUUGACAUCGCCAAUCAGAGUGGUGAGACGGCUCUGGACAUUGCCAGGAGACUGAGGAAUGGCCAGUGUGAGGAACCGCUGCUGGAGGCUGCUUCUGGCAGGUUUAAUCCUCACGUCCACGUGGAGUUUGACUGGAACCUCCGCAUGGAGGAGCUGGACGACAGCGAUGACGAGCUGGACGACAAGUGUAGUCCAGUGAAGAAGGACCGCUCCCCCCGCCCUCAGAGCUUCUGUCAGAGCUUCUCCUCCAGCGGGUCCUCACAGGAUAAACUCGGUCUCCCAGGAGGCUUUGCCCCCCACCGGGACAAGCAGCGGCUGUCGUACGGCGCCUUCGCUAACCCUGUGUUCAGCAGCUCCACCGACAACCCUCCCUCCCCCGGGCCCGACUCAGGGACCCCGGCCCCCGUCAGGAACCUGGGGAAAGGUAUCCCGGCUGACCCCCCAACCUCGCUGCCUCUUAACUCCGCCCCCUGUGGAACAGCAGGUGGAAGCUCCACCCUCAAGAAGAGACCUCCACCACCCCCACCCGAACACAAGCGCACUAUGUCCGACCCCCCCAGCCCUGUGAUGCAAGGUCACCACAGCAAGGGAUGUGACUUCACUCCCUCAACAGGAAGUGACUUCUCCCAGACAGGAAGCAGAAGCUCACCUGGUAACAAGUUUGAGGGACACCAGCAGCAGCAAAGCACCAACACUAGCAACACAAAGUCCACUCUGGGACCACGGGUUCUUCCCAAACUACCUCAGAAAGUGGCUCUAAGGAAGAUCGACACAGUCCACCUCCCCUCGUUGGACAAGUCCUCGCAGCCCACCCAGAGGCCCUCCCCCUCGCCCUCCGACCCCGCCCAGAAGUCCCCGCCCUUCAUCGACGCCUCCCCGAAGCCCCCCCCCACGCCCGUCGACUCAACCCAGCAGAGACUCCCAUUGGCCGAGAAGCCCUCGCUGGCCGACCUGCCGCCCAAACCCCAACUGAAGGACCUGCCCCCCAAGCCCCAGCUGGCCCAGCGACCCCGGCUCUCCGGCCCGCCCCCUCACGCCGCCGUUACCACGGAGACGGCGAGCUCCGGCGGGAAUGACAGCAAGUCUGUUCAGCAGGGGGAGCCGGAGGAGCAGGAGACCAACGGAACCACGUCGGACGCCGUGGAGACGCCCAUCCCUCUGCCACGCAAACUCAACACGGGCAAGGCCAAGACGCGCCGCGUGAAGACCAUCUACGACUGCCAGGCGGACAACGACGACGAGCUGACCUUCGCCGAGGGGGAGGUGAUCGUGGUGACAGGGGAGGAGGACCAGGAGUGGUGGAUCGGGCACGUCGAGGGCUACCCGGAACGCCGCGGCGUCUUCCCCCUCUCCUUCGUCCACAUCCUGUCAGAAUGACAGCCAGCUCGGUGGUCGCCUCCCCAAAGCACAAGCCCCGCCCCCGACGCCCCCCCCCCCCCCCCGCCCUGGGCGGUUCCGGCCCGGUUCUGUGUAAAUAGCUGCUGUAGCAAAAAAGAAGCCGGCUGCCAGUGUGUUCCCAUAGUAACCCAGCAUGCUUGCACUGGCUGGGAGGCUCUGUAACUGUAUAGCUAAUGUAUAGCUACCAAGACAUCUCUUAUCUGUUCAGACGUAUACCCCACCUGUACAUGUACAGCCUUGUUUACAUAGCAAGGAGAGAGAGUGUGUGUGUGUGUGUGUGUGUGUGUGUGUGUGUGUGUGUGUGUGUGUGUGUGUGUGUGUGUGUGUGUGUGUGUGUGUGUGUGUGUGUGUGUGUGUGUGUGUGUGUGUGUGUGUGUCUGCGUGUGGGUGUGGGUGUGGGUGUGUGUGUGGGUGUGGGUGUGUGUGUGGGUGUGUGUGGGUGUGUGUGUGUAUGUUGAACCCAUCUAGAUCUCCACAGUAUUAUAUAUGUCUAUGUCUCACUACACCCCCCUCCCCCCGGAGAAUUUCCUGGAGUAGCUUCUGGAAGAUAUUUAUUCCAUGUUCCGCAGUAAAUGAAUCAAGUAUGGGGCUGGAGUUUACGCUGCAGGAGUGAGAGGGAAUUGACUGGAUUUCACUGGACUUUACCAACACAAUAGUACUUCCUAGCAGACUUCUGCUUCUACACAUCCCAUAAUACGAGGGGGUAGCCUGACAGUAUUAUAUCUUGAAUAACAGAACAUUGUGAGCAAAUUCUGUCCCCUGCAACGCUGCACACAAUCCGUUGUCACGGCAAUGCUCGAUAACUCCUGUAGAUUUCAUUAAGUUAAUAUGUAGUAUGAUGUAUGGUGUGUUUAACGUCAAUAUGUUUAUUGGAAUCCAAGCUGAAAGGUUCUUUGUUCAAUCCCCUUGAGCAAGCUGUCUACCCCCUACCUGCUCCUUCAUGACAUGUUUCCGUACUGUCCAGCAUCUAGAUGCUCCUUAAUGACCGAUCGCUGUAUAUUCACUGUCUAACCCCUACCUGCUCCUUAAUGACCUGUAUCUGUAUUCACUGUCUAACCCCAACCUGCUCCUUAAUGACCUGUCCCUGUACUGUCUAACCCCUACCUGUUCCUUAAUGACCUGUCCCUGUACUGUCUAACCCCUACCUGCUCCUUAAUGACCUGUCCCUGUACUGUCUAACCCCUACCUGCUCCAUAAUGACCCGUCUCUGUACUGUCUAACCCCUACCUGCUCCUUAGUGACCCGUCUCUGUACUGUCUCACCCCUACCUGCUCCUUAGUGACCCGUCUCUGUCACCCCUGUGAAGGGGGUCUUGGAUGGCAGAAUCAGUGCUACCUAUGGGCUCGGUCCUAUGUGUUACUUGGUGCUUGACUUGGUAGCGAUCCACUUAAGGCACGCUGCAUAAAAGUGUUUCCUCAAUGACUUGGAAGACAUUGGGGGCUGGGGCAGAGGUCGGGGUAGUGGGUGGUCCAUAGGGUUAAGUUAGGGUUGUUGUAGGGUUAGUGUCUGUGUUUUUUAGAAGUGCAGGGUCAUUCUAGAAGAAUGGUGUUGCUGCACCCCCCCUACCCCAUGUCACACCUAAGUCCCACCCCCUUUAACCAGUAGUCACCAAUAAACAACGUGACCCUCUUUGAAAUGACGUAGAAAUCGACCAAUCAGGACACCCGACAUCACAUCGUCUUUGGUUGCUGUUGUGGUUGUGUGUUUGCUAAAGAAAUGUGGUGUUGUUGUGUAUAGUUUGAAUGAGCAGUGACCGCUGUGGCUGACGAAGCUGGUCAUGUGACCAGGAAGAGACUAUUUCAUUGGUGCAGAGUGGAUGUGACCUCAUCUCUCUAGGAAGGAUCAUGACUUGAAGAUAUAAUCCGUUACAUUGUAUUGAGAACCACUUCACUAUAUAUCUACGGUGAUAUCACAGAACAGAAUAUUUGAAUGGCCCUACGGGUCUACGGGUCGUGUGUGGAAUGGUUUCAUCUCCAGGUUGAAAUAAGGGUUUCUAAUACUUGUGUACCAAGUAGAGGUCCGAAGAUGCUGUACAAGAACCAAGCCCAAAGGGACCAGGCACUGUAUUAUAUAAGGCCCAAGACCGCAGCAGAGUCUGAAGGAGCUCCAAGCGACCUCCAUCCAGAAAAAGCAGUUAUAUAACUAACUGAUGAAAAGACACACAGCAUGUGCUGUUUUACUCACCAUCGAAUCUCGUUACCAAUCAUUUGUUUGUGCUAUAAUCUUUAUUGGAUUACCUUGAAUGUUUUUAGACAUAAAAUAAUUUAUAAUAAUUAUAAUAACGAUAGUCAAAAAUAAUUUAUUAAAGUUGAAGGAAAAAAAACCUCAAACCGCUUUCGGGCCCCAGGGGUCAGAUCAUAGUUUAUCGAGGCUCAAGACCAAUGGCAGUCAGUUCAGACCCAAACCCGAUCAGAAGUAGAUUACUAGACAAGACUGUAUCCAUGAACCCAUUUGGUUCCGAUCCCACACCACCAGGUUGGAUUCGGCUGUGCCUGGCUGGGGUGGUUUAAAGACACCUCAUUAGAAUAGCAAGCAGCUAAAGAAGGGUCUACUGGGGGGAGUUACCGCUCUUUAAACGGUUUCUUAAGUCAUUCCGUGCAUGCCCUCCGCUGCUUCGACGAAAGACACGCAUCGCAGCAACGUCGCCAUGGAGACGGGCUGGAGAACGAGGACCAAACGAAAAACGCAAAGCACAUCACUGGAAAGACUGGAUGGGGGACGGCUUCUGGCGCCCCCGGCCGCUGGCAGAGUGUAACGACGCGAAAGAGUCGCUUCCUUGGAGUUCAGCCCCCCCUUCCCGUUAUCGCAGACGCAUAGGAAGCCGAUAUUCUUCAUAAUACUGUGAUAACUGUUCCUGUUUAAAUGUUAUAUCAGAUCUGAUCAAUAAAAAGAACGAAUGACACAUCGUC